AUGCCCUUCCUAUCUCACAAAUUGCCUAGUAUCGAUGACAUUCAGGACGGUUCAAUUCUACAGGGAAUGGAUCUCUCCUGGCGAGAUUCUUCUACGUGUCCCACUAUGCCAGAAUAUUUGAAGAUGAUCAGUAAUAAAACAGGUGGGCUGUUCCGGAUCACGAUCCGGUUGAUGCAGCUAGAAAGUACAUGCUCAAGAGACAAUAUACAGCUAGUCGAGAUUCUCGCAAAGCUAUAUCAAAUUCGCGAUGAUUACAAGAAUCUCCGUAGCGAUGUAUACGCCCAGCAGAAGGGUGUAUGCGACGACACUACCGAGGGGAAGUUUUCGUUUUUUAUCGUACACAACGUUCAAGUUGACCCGGAUAGCAAAGUUGUUCGGAACGUCUUGCAGCAAAAGACUGACGAUGGGAGAAUUAAGGAGAGUGUAAUUCUCUGUUUAGAAUCAACUCAUAGCUUCCAGUAUACGGAGGAGGUCUGA